CGGUGACGUCAGUCGUACGCGCCACAUUCGAGUCGCCUUUUUCGCGCUUUCUGCUGUGUUUACGUUUGUUUCGAUUAUUAAAAACCACGUUUGUGUCGGUUAUGAUCGUUAAUUAACACACCGAACUUCAGCGCGUCUGAUGUUCGCUUGGACAGGAUUCAUCCGUGUUUGUGAUUUAAUAUCCACCGAAGAUGUGAUGUGAUUCUACAAUGAACGCUAAUCAGAGAACAUUAUUCCAGACCUGGGGCCGCAAACCAGAGCCUGCUCCAGCUCCGUCAGCGGCUCCUGAUGAAGAGGAGGAGGAAGAUGAUGAUGUGAUGCUGGUGGCUGUGUACGAGGCCGAGCGCUCGCUGCAGGCCGCUCCAGAGCUGGGCUUCGACCCCUCGGCGGGCCGCGUCUGGAUCUACCCCGUUAACUUCCCUCUCCGUGAGUACCAGCUGCGGAUCUCAGAGGCGGCGCUGCUGAAGAACACACUGGUCUGUCUCCCCACCGGCCUCGGAAAGACCUUCAUCGCCUCCGUGCUCAUGUACAACUUCUACCGCUGGUUCCCCGCCGGCAAGAUCGUCUUCAUGGCUCCCACCAAACCCCUGGUGGCCCAGCAGAUCCAGGCCUGCCACGGGGUCAUGGGCAUCCCACAGGAACACAUGGCCGAGCUCACAGGCUCGACGGCGGCGCAGCAGCGGAGGGAGCUCUGGAGAUCCAAGCGUGUCUUCUUCUUGACUCCUCAGGUCAUGGUGAACGAUCUGAGCCGUAACUCCUGUCCGGCCGCACACGUCCGGUGUGUAGUGAUCGACGAGGCCCACAAGGCCACCGGGAACCACGCGUACUGUCAGGUGAUUCGUGAGCUGAGCAACCAAACACAGCAGUUCCGUGUUCUAGCGCUCAGCGCCACACCUGGAGCAGACGUCAAGGCGGUGCAGCAGGUGAUCUCUAACCUCCUGAUCUCUCACAUCGAGCUGCGAUCGGAGGACAGUCCAGACGUCCAGACACACGUCCAUCAGCGCAGUCUGGAGAAGAUCGUGGUGCCGCCGGGAGAGACGCUCGCGCAGUAUCAGACCAGAUACCUGCAGGUUUUGGAGAAGUUCACGUCUCGUCUGACCCAGAUGAGGCUGUUGAAUCAGCGUGACCUCCGCUCUCUCACCAAAUACCAGAUCAUUCUGUCCCGAGAACAGUUCAGACGCAACCCACCGCCACACAUCCAGGGUCCGCAGCAGGGCGUGAUCGAGGGGGAUUUCUCCAUCUGCAUCAGUCUGUAUCACGGCUAUGAGUUACUGCAGCAGAUGGGCGUCAGAUCGCUCUUCCUCUUCAUCCAGAACAUCUUCUCUGGACCCAGAGAGUCGGCUCGCGUGAGGAACGAGCUCCAGAGGAGUCCGGUCUUCAUGGAUCUCUACAGGGAAAUGGAGAGCAUGUUCACCACAGCGAGCCGAGAUCCUGGAGAGCCGUAUGUGUACAGUCACCCCAAACUACAGAAGCUGGACGAGGUCGUGCUGCAGCACUUUGAGACGUGGACCACGAGCACCGACUCGAAGGCAUCCGCUGAGGUGAGCACACGUGUGAUGAUCUUCUCCUCCUUCCGUGAGAGCGUGCAGGAGAUCGCUGAGAUGUUGAGCCGUCAUCAGCCGCUGCUGAGGGUCAUGACCUUCAUGGGUCAAGCGUCAGCUGGGAAAGGGGUUCGAGGGUUCACGCAGAAAGAGCAGCUGGAGGUGGUGCGGCGCUUCCGUGCAGGCGGCUUCAACACUCUGGUGUCCACCUGUGUGGGUGAGGAGGGUCUGGACAUCGGUGAGGUGGAUCUCAUCGUGUGUUUCGACGCUCAGAAGAGUCCGAUCCGUCUGGUCCAGCGCAUGGGCCGCACAGGACGCCGGCGUCAGGGACGAAUCGUGGUCAUUCUGGCCGAGGGCCGCGAGGAACGAACGUACAACCAGAGCCAGAGCAACCGGCGCAGCAUCAACAAGAGCAUCAUGGGAAACAAGCACAGCUUCCAGAUGUUUGCUCACAGUCCACGCAUGCUGCCCGCAGGGGUCACUCCGACGCUGCACAAGAUGCACAUCAGCUGCGGUCAGUUCCAGCACAGACCAGUGAAGAGCGGCCGCUCGUCCCUCGCUCGGCAGAUCAGCGGAGGAGAGCAGAAGUGUGUGAAGGACGACGGGUUUCUGACCGCAGCUGAAGAGGCCGAGUGGAUAACCAGCAUGAGACUGUCUUCAGAUGAACCUCAGCCGGUCUUCAGACCAUCGACCUUUCUGACCUUCAGAGAAGAGCCAUCAGAGCAGGGAGCGUGUGUGGGCCCCGUCCGAGAGCUCUCUCUCUGGGAGUGGAGACACUGGCAGAACGGGCCGCUCCACACUCACAGCCUCGGACACUCAGAGCGCUGCCUUCAUUUCACCUCCAUCAUGGAGCUGAUCGACCGCAUGAGACAGCAGGAGCAGGACGACUGUAGGUUUGAGUCUGAGCUCUUGCUGAAUCUGCAGAAAGAGGAUGUUGAUGCUGGAGGAACAACUAAACCAAAUGCUGACAAAAUCCCUCGACAGAAGAAGACUAAACCAAACACGGCUGAUCGUGAGAGGAGACUCACACACACUGACCACUACUUGGAUGAAGAUCAGAGAGGAGAGAACAGCAGCAGAUCUGCAGAAAGCACAGAAGAGCUGGAUCUGAUGGAUCUGUUAGAAGAGGAGGAUCUUCAGCACAUGUUCUAUCAGCCUGAGCUCUGUCCUAAACGCUUGUGUCACAAUCUGACCAGCGCAGCCUUCCAGACCGUCCUCGCCAACGUCAGAGAUCUCCUGUCCAGAUCUCCACCCAAGCACUGCCAGUUUAAUCUCCCAGAGAUCCACACGAUCCUCAGCGAUCCACCAACAGAGUCGUUUCAUGAUCCGUUUCAAGUGACGUUCAGUCUGAUGGCGGACGAGCCGUCGUUUGUUGAAGAGGAACAGGAUGUGGAUCAGAAAUCAGUUUCUCCAGGCUGGGAUCAGCUGUUUGACCAUGCUGAAGAGCCGAAGGAAGACCAGGUGAGCUUGAACGAGAGCGUCGACCUGUUCGGAGACGAUGAAGCCUUCCUCCAGAUGAGUGUUCCUGAUGUCCAGACGCCCGACAGGAGCACAGGACCUGAAGGAAAGCAGCAGACUCCUGCUGACGGAAGCAGAGGAUCCGAGCAGGGCUUCAGCUGCUCACAGGACUUCUUCUCUGUCAACUUUGACUUGGGUUUUGACUCGGAGGAGGACGAAGCGACUGAUCUGGGAUCAGCAGACGUCUCUGCAUCAGCUGUGAAAGUGCCUCAGGUGCUGGUCUCAGAUCAGUGGAGGACGAGACCCAGCGCUUCCACACCAAACCACUCGAUCCUGCCUCCACUGACCCCAAGAGCAGAAGAUCAGCUGCGCUCGCGUCCAUCACAGCUCAGAUCCUCACAGAAGACGCCUCCACUGCGGCCCUCGUCCACAGGUGUGUUGAGCAGUGACAGCGAGGAUGAGACGAAUCUGAGGACUCAUAAAGUCAAUCCGGUGGUUUCUCCAGAGCAGUCAAAGAUCUGCAGUGACGUUGAUUCUCCAGUCCAGGCUCGUCGGAAGCAUGCGGCUGCGUUGAACACGUCUGAGGACAGUGAUGGAGGACUGCUGUCAGAUGGUGAUGAUUUUCAGGACGUGUCCGUUCGUCAGCCCAGAGCUGUGGAGCUGCAUCACGUCACGAAGCCUCCUAGGGUCCGUCGCGAGGGCCGGCAGUUUCUGGACGAGGAGGCCGAGCUCUCUGAAGAUGAAGAUGUUUCCUCUGAUGAAGAUGAAGGAGAUGAACAGAAUCACUCGCUGCAGGGGUUUGUGGUGAACACCACUCAGUGCUCUCAGGGUCUGAACGACUCUGAGAUGCAGGCGAUCUAUCUGAAGUCUGUGAGGAGUCCAGCGGUGCAGAAGCAGCUCCGAAUGACCUAUAAACCCAAACACAACGUGGAUAUCUUCUCACAGAUCCCAGAACAGGACGAGACGUACGGCGAGGACAGCUUUGUGGUUCAUGGGAGUGAGGAUGAGGAGGGUGAGAGCGACGGUGAUGAAGAAGAGCCUGUGGAGGUGAUCCAUGGAGACUCGUUCGUCGACGGGAGGAAACAGUACGCCACGCGCCGCAGAGUCCAGAUCCGACAGAUCCGAGCGGAGAGGAACGGGAAGAGCAAGCGCUCCCGGAUCAUCCGGGUCCAGGACUCCAGUGAGGAAGAGGAGGAGGAAGAGCAGACAGCUUCUGUGUUUAAAGAGCCGCAGCGUCUCCAGAGCAGUGACGACAGGAAGCGGCAGAGACUCGGCGAUCAGGCGGCGCUGUCUGAGGAGCUCGACUUCCUCCCGGAGAGACCGGGGACUGCGCAGACGCUGAUCCCGCCGGCCGCAGACGCUCCUCUGAGAGUGCUAGUGGACAGCCGCUGCAUCAGCGGGGGGUCAGAGGUCGUGUCCCGUCUGCGUCUCAGACACGGCCUGCAGGUUCACGUCUGCUCUCUGAUCAGCUCAGACUUCAUCGUGAGUAACCGCAUGGCAGUGGAGUGUCAGAGCGAGUCGGAGCUCGCAGGCGUGCAGAACCGCAGACGGCUGCAGGACAGGAUUCAGCGUCUGCAGACGGCGUUCGAGCGCGUGUGUCUGAUCAUCGAGAGAGACCGCAGCAAACCCGGUGAGGCGGUGCGAGUGUUUCAGCGCAGCCGCUGUUAUGACGGGACGCUGGCGGCGCUGGUGAAGGCCGGUGUUCGGCUGCUGGUCAGCAAUGGUCCAGACGACACCGCCGCUCUAUUGACCGAACUCACACAGGUGGAGCGGAGGAAAGGUCAGGCCAUCGGCGUGCCCCUAGAGGUCAAAGGUCACCGGCAGCAGGCUCUCCAGUUCUACCUGACGCUGCCUCACAUGAGCUACAUCAGCGCACUGAACAUGUGCCAUCACUUCAGCUCCAUCAGUCACAUGAUCAACAGUUCGGUGGAGGAUCUGCAGGCGUCUGCACACAUGAGCCGCUCCAGAGCCCAGGAUGUUCACCGCUGUCUGCGCUACAGCUGCGAUUCUGCUCUCAUCACUCACCAGCUCUAAACUACACUCAGCACUUUAAUGCUUUAUCAAUAUGGAUUUAUUUUUAUGGAUAAUCAGGAUUAUAUCGUCUCUUUACGUGACGUAAAUGUUUUCCAUUUAGGAAAGAUUAUGAAUGUUGCCGUUACGGUAAUUCUGAAGUAUUUAUGUUUACAGGUAAAUGAGCAGGAACUACUCUGAGAAAUAAAAGAGCUCCAUUUUUU